AUGCAGAAAGGGUUAGAAGUAGCCAUCAUGAAUGUUUAUCCUAAUGUUGAGCAUAGAGAAUGUAUAAGUCACUUAUAUAGCAACUUCAAGAAACACUUUCGUGGUGACUUAUUUAACACCAAACUAUGGGCUGCUGCGAAAACCUAUCGUCCUACCAAGCAUGACAGGUUAUUAAAGGAAAUUUGUGAUAAAAAUGAAGAUUCCAUUGCAUAUCUAAAUACCAACCACAAAAAAAUAUGGAGUAGAAGCAAAAUUGGAACUACUUCCAAGUGUGAUUACAUCACUAAUAACGUUUCAGAAACAUUUAAUUCUUGGAUUGGUAAAUUGCAUUAUAAACCCGUGCUUGAUUUCCUUGGCGCAAUUAGGGAAAAGAUUAUGAAACAGUUUGAUAAGAAAAGGAAUUUGGUGAAUACAUGGAAUGACGUAUUGGUUCCUAUUUCUAAAAAUCAUCUCAGCGACAUCGCUAAGAACUUGAGUGAAUAUGAAGUUACUAGAAGUUGUGAGAAUCAAGCUGAAGUGAAGUACAAGGGAACACGUUGGGAGGUCAACCUAGAUGAAAGAAAAUGUAGUUGUCAAGUGUGGCAAGUUCAGGGUGGACCAUGUGUACAUGCAGCGGCUUUUAUUGAUUUUAUAAGGGAUCCUAACUGGGAAAAAUAUGUUGAUCCCUAUUUCACUAUAGAGAAAUUUAAAUCUGCAAAUGCUUUUCGAAUUGCUCUGAUGCCCGGACAGGAUCAAUGGGAGCAAAAAAAUGGGGAGAAAAUAUAUCCACCUAUUAUCAAACGCCCACCUGGACGACCAAGAAAAAAUAGAAUUAAAUCAUCGGAUGAGUCUAAAAGAAGACGCAAGUGUCCGUGA